CACUUUUUAUUUUUUUGUUUGUUUGUUCUCCAUUUCAUUUGGUAUAUUUUGAACUCAGCUAUCUUUCUUUUUUCUAUUGAUUCAACCAAUAAAUAUUUUGAUUUGAGUGAUGGAAGAUCAAGCCCCAGACCACAACAACAACAACCACAACAACCAUCCUAGUCAAGGUUCAAACAAAAGUGAACCAGUUAGAUCAAGAUGGACACCCAAACCAGAACAAAUCCUCAUUCUAGAAUCAAUUUUCAACAGUGGUAUGGUUAAUCCACCUAAAGAUGAAACAGUGAGGAUAAGAAAAUUACUCGAGAAAUUUGGUGCUGUUGGCGAUGCUAAUGUGUUUUAUUGGUUUCAAAAUCGUCGUUCAAGAUCGAGACGUCGACAACGUCAGAUUCAAGCUGGAUUGCUUAAUGACUCCUCCAACAUUAGAGCUUCAAAUGGUUUAUCAAUUCAUUAUGAACCCACCUCUUCUUCUUCAUCAUCAUCUUGUUCAUCAUCAUCAUCUACUUCUUCAUCAUCUUCAAAUUCUUCAUCUCCUGCAUGUUUUGCUAAUCCUUCGUUUUCUCAUCCAUUUCUAAUCGGUUCUUCUUCGUCGUCGUCAUCUUCUUGCGGAGGAGGAGGUAUUGGUGAUAAUGGUUGUGUUGAUGAUCUUUUCUCAUUUUCUCAGCAAAUGGGUUUAUCAGAAAUUGAUCAAAGUUCAAUUUUGUGCUCUUCAAGUACUACGAAUUUGCAUUUUCAAACUGGGUUCAUAACUGUGUUUAUCAAUGGAGUUCCUACUGAGGUUCCAAAUGGACCACUUGACAUGAAAAGUAUGUUCGGUCAAGACGCUAUGUUAGUUCAUUCUUCUGGAGUAGCAGUUCCUUUCAAUGAAUAUGGUUUCUCAUUGCAAAGCUUGCAAACGGGUGAAAGUUAUUUCUUGGUUUCAAGAUCCUUAUAAAAUAAGAGUCAAGUUGUUGCUCUCCUACCAAUGGGGAGCUCUUUGGAUUCCGGUUUUCAGUGUACGGAAAUAAUAAUCUAGCGAUUGGAAAGCGUUCUGUACUUUCUUUUCAUUUCUUUUUCUCCUUCUCGGUGGAGAGUGUCUAAUUGAGUAAAGAUCUACUUCCUCGUCUUGUAUGUCAGGUUCUUUUUCUUCCCUAUUAGUAGUUCAUCCCUUGUCAAUUAGUCCCUUGUUAA